CGCAGUUGAAAGGUUAAAAUAAUGGCGCUGAGCAGCCCUUAGGUUAAAUGUGAAGUGUAAUGCAGCUUAUAUUUUCUUUGUAACAGAUAGACAUAUUAGGUUUUCGCUUAUAUCGGUGUGCUGUUGCUGAAUUCGGCGACAGCUUGAACGGACAAGUUGUUUUUGACUUAAAAAGGUUCAGCUUUAACUUGGAGUUUUGUUCCCUUAGCUCGAGUGGUGGUAUAAGUUAAAUCUGGAAUGGCACUGUUUGCUGGUGUUGCUGCAGCCUUGUCACGAUCUGUGCUGCCGCAGUCUUGUCGUUGUGGAGCACCAUUGGGCGCUUCUGUGUGGGUAAUCAGAGGUCGUAAGUCUCGAAACGACCCCCCGGCUAAGUCAAAGGCUGGGCGUAUAAAGGAACCACCACCUGUAGACCCAGUUGAGCUUUUGGUUGUCCAGGAACGAUACCGUCAGUAUCAGGUGUUGAUAAAGGCGCUCAGAAAUAAUCGAAUUCAGAAAGAGGAAAAAGCGAAGGAGCUGCAGAAGCUGGAAGCAGCCAUUUACAGAGAUAAAAAACAGGAAGAACUUAUCAGAGAGAAGGAACGUGAAAUCUUACAGCUUCAGGAAGAAGCAAAGAAUUUCAUCACCCUUGAGAAUCUUGAACAGCGUAUUGAAGCAGCACUGGACAAUCCCAAGAGCUAUAACUUUGCUAUAGAUAAAGAAGGGAGAAUUGUGAAACGAACUGCACAUAUUUAAGACUCUCUAGCAGCUAACAAGUUUUUGAGUGGGUGAAGAGUAAUAGAAAUUUCCAUUGACUGCAGGAGAUUAUUGGGAUUUUUUUUCAAAAUGCACAGCAUGACCUCCUUCAUAGUGGUCAUACUUAAGAGGUUGCACUUGGCAGAAGACCACACAACUGUAGAUGGAUAUAAUCUGCACUGUUUAAUUAUUUUGAUGUUUCAUCUGCUGUCUUUCAAGAAAUUGACCAUUUUUUUUCCAGAUGUGUUGCCACUGCUGUUUGAGUACUCGUUCCGUUUGUUUUUCAGAUUUUUUCACAUUGUCUUGUUCAACACUAGACUUUUUUUUUUCCUAACGCAGUUGUCAUGCCCAUCUGAUUUUUCUGUUUUUGCCUGUUUUGUAGUUCAUGUGUAAUGAUCUUAACACUGGCAUUGUUAAUUCUG